AUGGCUGACAAGCAAAUCAUUCCCCCAAAGCACGACCUCGAUGCCAAAUGGGACGCCUGCCUUGAUCUCACUGUCCGUCGCUUCGUCUACUCCCCAUAUGCUGGUGCAUUUGUCGGUCUUCUAUUUUUCAGUCAGUACCUUGUUUCUUUGAUUCAUUUAUUUGCGAAGAUGCUCAUACGACAUUCCGGCAAGAUGAUUGAUGCUUUGACGUGUUUUGUUCCGGUUCUUAGCCGAGUCUACUUUUGUGUGAAAAUCGAACAGUGUUUCUGGCAACAGAAGUGCUGCAGCCUACUUGAAAGGAAUGAGCAGGGUGUAACAGGCCUUAUGAGUAGCAGUGUCUUAGUAGCUCUCCAGGAAGGAACAAUCAGGGGUGAAGGGUGUUGA